CAGAGGGACACAUUCUGGUGCAGAAACACUUUCGUAAGGCCAGUUCACUCCGGACAAUCGGAUGAGCAAAAUGAGCAAAUCACCGUCCUCGGACACGGCCAGCGAAUCUCUGAGCGUUAGCGACGAAUCAAUUGCGGCAUCGGUGGCCAGCUCCAUGAAAGCUAAUUCCCCGACGACCUCCACUAGCAGAUCGGCUGGAGGGAAAACGGCGAAGAAAGUGCCGAAGGAAGAACCAAAGGAACGGCCCCCAUGGCGUCCGGCAAGUGUCACCCUGAAGGCUGGUGCCGCGAAAAAGACCGAUUUGCGAGCGAGAAUUUUGGACAUGUCCAGAAGGUUGCGCCGCGUGAACGCGUCCGUCCAAACGGAUCCGAUCCAUACCAAGCUGAUGAAGGAAAUGUCCACCGAUAGGCCGACCGAUUUGAUCCCGAUGGUGGACGAGGCGAUUUUAACAGAUGGACAAGUUCUGGUCCGAGAGGUUGGGAAAUUGAUCAUGUCCCAUUCCGUGGCGCAGAUGACAGAUGGUGUUCCAGUGAUGGAGGUUGCUACGCAAACAGAACUUCCCCGAAGCAGUGUCUCGUUCGGGAAGUUUCUUGAGGUGGAUUCAGAGCUGCAGGUGAAUCAACCAGAAACCACCAGUUUCGGGGAGUUGAUGCAAAUCGACGCUAAAAUCAAGCAAAUGUUUCCGGAGCUCGAUCAGAAGUGCGAAGAUGGAAGGGAUCCAAGCUUGGAUGCUCCAAGCGUAACGAAUAGUCCAAAAGAGCAAAACACACCCGACUUGUUGGCAGCUUCUUCCCAGGAGCCAACGACGCACAAAGGACGACUCCUGGAACCACCGGCAUUCAACGCUUGGCAGAAUCUGGACUUCUCCGAUGAGGAAUGUGAGAACUACAUUGGCCGAGAACUACCGAGACGUUCCGUUGGAGACAUCGAUCGGCCGUGGAAUGAUUUCAAAGAUCUGAUACUGGGAAGACGCAUCGCGAAUAUGCGCCUUUCUCCGAUUCCUCCACGCAAACAUCGACCAAACAAGAAAACCGUUACCUGGAGUGAUACGCAGAGACGAGCCGUUUCCGAAUUGGUCGAAGGAGCCACGGCCCUGAUGGACAUGUUCGACGAAGUUUCUCUGCUGCUGGGACCGGACAUCAAAUUUCACGUCAUGCCACCGGAAGAAGACUUCAAACUACCCCCGCCCAAAUGGGCACCCCUGCUGGACAAAUCCUGCGAUCUACUGGAAGAGAAACUAGCACAGGUAAAGCACAUUGAGGAUGUAGAUUUUGAUAAAGUUCAGUUGAAACAGCCAUUCUCCUUCAUCCCUCCGAUGGGAAUCGACAUUGAGGCGAAUUUGUAAAAACAGUAAUAAAACCACCUAAUUUUAAGGUUCGUUUAUUGAGAUUUUAUUUUUAAUUUACAAACUUAACAGACGUUGUUGUUCUUUGUAUCUAAUUAACUCGUAAAAUUAAAAGUAAUAAAUCCUACCGAUAGAACAACCGCUGUUGUUACUAGUUUUUAGUUUUUUUUUCGCAGGAAGCUUUCAGCUAGGGAGUUCGAGUUAUAGCGAGAUAGAGAAAUGCACUAGAGAAGAAUACAAUAAGAAGCACCGGGUUGAGGCCGUUUGCCGCUUCCGAGCUCUCGGAUUCUCCGUACGAUCUACCGAAGGUCAUUCAUAUAGACGCCCAAGUCUAUACCCUUAGUGAUGUGUCGUACUGCCGAGAUCUCGCCGGCCAACCGCACACGCUUUCUUCGCGGAUUCUUACGAAUGUCUAGAGUUACUAAGGUAGCGGUUCCAAAUUGCACACACUCUUAGUUUAGUCGGCGUUCGAUUCCAAUAUAUCGUUUGUGUCUUUCAACAGCAUAAAUCGAAUUAUAAUUUCCAUUGGAUCCUGUAGUAUAUGUAAUGUGUAUAACAAUAACAAAUUAACAACUCUCAUUGACAGCUUCUUGAACACAUCGAUUAACUCUAACGAUCUUAAACGAAUACUUGUUUUUUAUUGGUUAGAGUUUACUGUUCGGAAGCAGGACUCUCCUCAGUCUUGCUCUCUUCGGCAACAACUUCGGCUGCUGGUUCUUCGGCAGGGGCGGCUACAGGCUCUUCAACCGCUGGAGCAGCGGCUUGUUCUUCAACGGCGGCUGGUUCAGCUGGGGCAGCCUCGGGGGCCCCUUCUUCCAGCUUGGCGGCCUGUCGCUUCAACAGUUCCUCGUCCGAUUCGGCGAUGCGCUUCAGUUCCGCAAUCUCGCGGAACAACUCCUCGUUGUUCUCUUCGAUGGCUUGCUUCUCCAGUUCGUUCAACCGAGCCAGUUCGUCUUCGCGGAUCUUCUGCGCCUCGGUGAUGCGCGUACCCUCUUCCUCAUUGCGCUUUUUCUCCUCGGCCUGGCGGGCUUCGUCGGCCAGGCGAGCCUCCUCCGCCAAACGGGCCUCCUCAGCCAGGCGCUCUUCCUCCAAUCUGUAGAAGGGGGUAGAAAUUGUAUCAAUAUGAGGAAGAAUUAUUUUUUAAAAAAGACCAUUUAAUAAUGAACACUGUACUCGAAAACAAUUGAAACUGAGGGAUAAAAUUUAGACGUUUGAAAAUGUGGGUAAUAUUCUAUCAUUUUUUGACAGAAACUCGUUUAUAGUGUAUUUUUUUAUAAUCGAGUCACCCGAGUCACUCGAUUUCAGAAGUCGCU